AUGACCACAACGAAAACAGAUUUCUGUCUCGCGCAAAUCAGAUACGAUCUGCUCUCCGAGCCGGCGAACAGAACCCGCUACGAUGAGACCCGGGACAUCAGACUACAACAGAAAAAGGCAGAAGGCGGCGAUGGGAAAAUGGAGAAGCUGGAGAAGGCUAUUGAAAGGUUCGCGGAUGAGAGAAAGAAGAGACGGGAGGAGGAGGAGGAGGAGGAGGAGGAUGCUCCAAGGAAAGAAAUGCGAAAGAAGCCAAGGAAGUAG